AUGCCCGCCAGCGCAGUCCGAAUCGUUGAAGUCGGCCCCCGCGAUGGCCUGCAGAACAUCAAAGAACCCAUUCCAACAGCCACGAAAGUGGAACUCAUCCGGCGACUUGAGCGUACGGGUCUGCGUACUAUCGAACUGACAUCAGUCGUCUCGCCGCGCGCGAUACCGCAGUUAUCGGAUUGUCAGGACGUGCUGAGUGAUACGAGCGUGGAGCAGCUACAAGCGGAUCCUGAUCGACGGUUCCCGGUGCUCGUGCCGAAUCUGAAGGGUCUUGAUAUUGCGAUUCGAUACGGGGUUAGAGAAGUAGCGGUUUUUGUGAGCGCCACGGAAGGGUUUAGUAAAGCGAAUAUCAACUGUUCUGUGGAAGAGGGGAUACAAAAAGCAAAGUGUGUUGUGGAGAAGGCUGCGCAGUAUGGUAUCCCUGUGAGAGGAUAUGUGUCCUGCAUAUUCGCCGACCCCUACGAUGGGCCGACAGAGCCUUCAGCGGUAUUGAACUGUGUACACAAGCUACUAGCCAUGGGAUGCUACGAGGUCAGUCUAGGCGAUACGCUAGGCGUGGGAACACCGUCCAAAGUGCACAGUCUAGUAUCCUACCUCGUCGAGAGCAACAUCCCUAUCGACCAACUAGCCGGUCACUUCCAUGAUACCUACGGCCAAGGCGCCUCCAACGUCUGGCGAGCAUACCAAUGUGGAAUGCGCGUGUUUGAUAGCAGCAUCAGUGGCCUAGGAGGAUGUCCGUUUGCACCCGGAGCGAAAGGGAACGUCGCCACUGAGGAUUUGGUGUAUAUGUUUGACAAUGCUGGUGUCAAGACCGGGGUUGAUCUCUCGGGACUGGUUGAGACGGGAACAUGGAUAUCAGAGACUCUGUCUCGGAAGAAUUCGAGUCGGGUUCAGAAGGAGAUUUGUGCGAAUGAGAGGCUUUCGACUACGUUACGGCAUGUUGGAUCGGAGGGGGCGUUGGUAAAGAAACCGAUACUGUGUUGA